AUGUCUUCUCCUAUGAAAGUCGUUUUCCCGGCGCCACCUCCCACCACCAAUGAUUUGACUGCUCAGCAACGAGCACUUCUUGUUCGAAAGACGAAGAAGAUCGAGCAGCUUUUGGGAAGCACGCCGUUUUUAGUGGACGCGAUCGGUCCGAUCCAUAUUUCUUUACCAUCAACCCUCGGUUCGAGGAAUCGCUUUUCUACCAAGACCCGUCGCUCGUCACUCGAUUCCAGUUCUUCAAGCAGCUCUUGUGACGUGUCUCCCACCUGCUCGCCGGUCAAGCGGUCGCAUUCUUCCAUCUCGUCUUUCAGUUCCAUGCGUAACUCUGGUUCCCGUCGCCAACGACACAGCUCUUCCCCUUCUUUCAUCUCAACCAAGACCUCCGAACGAUGGCCGCAGGACACCAAGAUCCCCGUUCUCCGACUCGCGAUGAGGUCCUUGAACAUCGAGACCAUACCCGCAUCGCCUCCUCCAACCCGCACCUCAUUUUUCGCGCCUUCGUCCUCUCCAACCAGCUCCGACGAGGAGUUCAGCGUCCAGUUCCUCCCUGAUCCUAACGACCUCCCUUCACCUCGCAACUCCCUUGUGCUCAGUACAUUUACCAUUCCCUCCGAGAACAGCCUCCGGAAGCAGAAGAUGGACAGGCUUCGGAAGAAACUUGGGUCGGGCGUCCCCCUUCAGCUCGUCUUUCCCAAGGACGCAGCAUCCUCUGACUCCGAUAAUUCCCCCUCAUCCUCCGCGUCCGACUGUACGGAGUCCACACUCGUCGAGACGACCGCCCCUCUUUCUCCGCCGUCGGCAGGACCUAAGAAGCCGGCAGCCAGGAUAGCCAAGGCGCGUGACUCGCUCGUGGACUCUGCGCUCAUCCAUCGCGCGAAGCGACUUGUUGAUGGGCCGGCGACCGCCUCCCCUGCGAAGACACGCGCUUCACCUCCAGCGCCUCCUACGAUCCCGAUUCCGGAUUUCAAGCGCAUCAAGGAGAGGCUGUCGUUCAUCGUCGAGAACCCCGACGAGCAUGGGAAUGGGUGCCCAGAGGAAUUCGGCCUUUCUCGCGUGUCGUCGAAGAUGUCGGAUUCGAUCCCGGAAUUCAAGUCGGACUGUGGGGAGGCUGUUAAUAUGUGGGGUACGCGGAAGGGAUACGAAGGCUGGGCUCCUGCUACGCCCCCGAAGGAUGAUGCCCCACCGACAUCUCCGACGCAGAGACUUUCUGGAGAGGUCAAGAAGCGACCGCUGAGCUAUCGCAAACCUGUUCCUCCUAUCCCUACCGACUGUUGA